AUAUGAAGAGUCUCAGCUGUAACUUAUGCGAUAGUAAGAUCUCUCCUUUUUGUCUGAACCCACAAGAUGUAAUGUGGAUUUGAGAGAAUGAACAAUGUCUGUUUCCCUUCAAUGAGGAAGCAGCAACUGUAAAAGAGGAGGGUAAGAUAAGGUCAAAAAUGACCCAUAACCCAAAGGAUCAAGGAGCAACUUGUGUUACUGUCCAAGAGGACAUUAUUGAACAACACACAAAACUUAGUGAGUUUCUAACCCAUUAUCAACAGAUUGAGAGCGGAUUGAUGCCUUUCUCAGAUUGUCAUAUUUUAGAUAAUGUUGAUAAUGAAGACAGUUUCGACCAUCUUUUCUUUCAAAAAGACGAAGAAAAUAGUGACGAGUCCGAUGAUAUUCCGAUGGAAUAUGAUCCUAUUUUCAAGGUUGAAAAAAUUUAGAUAUAACUGAAGAGCAAGUUUCAUCAUGCAUCAGUCAUGACCUUAACUCCUCAGAUAUUGAGAUGGAUGUUGAAAUCUCAGAAGUGCAAAGCCCAUUGUCCAUUAAUGAGCUGGAGAAACCUUCAAACUCCACUGUUAAUGGAAAUGUUACUGAGAGUGUAGUCCCAACCCUCAGUUGCACCCAUUCGUUAAUUGGAUGUCGUCAGGUCAUGGCUGUCUCACUUUGGAUUGCUACUACGAUUUUCAUGGGUGCUUCCUUCCUCCAACUUCUCUUCAUUGGUAAGGCUGAAAUUAUUACUAGAUCGUUUCAGUCAGAAGCUGG